AGAAGACGCUCCGUCUCGUUUUGAUGACGUUCACAAUUUCAAUUUACUGAGGAUCUGCCGCUGGUUUCGUAGAAGCAAUUUUUAAAAAUCAAAAAUACACACUUCUUCUCGCCAAACAGGUGUUCUGUACGCAUCGCUCCUUAAGACUGGGAUCUUGGAUGGAGUGAGUGUUGAGCCCCAAUGAGAUGACUGACCAGGGCAACAACAACCAGAAUAUCUCCUGCAACCCCUUCGCUGCCCUCUUCAGCUCACUGGCUGAUGCCAAGCAAUUUGCAUCAGGCCAGAAAGCAGAGCAGUCUGCUGAACCACCACUGGAGGACUCAGGAGAGAGCCAGUCCGAGUCGGAAAACUCUGUGUCAGACAGCGUCGAUGACAAUGACGACUCUGUGGCAGAGAUCAGCCGCUCCUUCCGGUCCCGGCAGGAGCUGUGUGAACAGCUCAAUGUCAAUCACAUGAUCCAGCGAAUAUUUCUCAUUACUCUGGACAACAGUGACCCCAGUAUGAGAGGAGGUAAUGGGAUCCCCCCUCGCUGUGUUUACCUGGAGGAGAUGGCUGCUGAUCUGGAUGGACAGGACUGGUUGGACAUGGACAACAUAGAACAGGCUCUGUUUAACCGUCUGCUGGUACUCGAGCCAGGAAACCACCUCAUCUACAUGACGUCAUGCAGCGCUGUUAACCUGUCUGCCGACCGUGAUGCUGGAGAGAAGUGUGCCAUCCCUUACCUCUUUGCUUGUUACCAGAGGGCCAAAGAAGAGGUGACGAAGGUACCAGAUAAGUUACUGCCGUUUGCCGUUCGCUGUAAGAACCUAACCGUUUCCAACACACGGACGGUUCUGCUCACCCCAGAGAUCUACAUCAGCCAGAAUAUCUACGAACAGCUUCUGGACCUGUUGCUGGAAGGUUUCAGUAGAGCACAGCCAGAGGAGGUGGUUGAGUUUGUGGAGGAGGCCAUUGCUGGCCUGCUCUCCGACCAGGAGGUGCGUACCUUCGAGGAGGUGAUAGUACCAGUGUUUGAUAUUUUCCAGGGACGCGUCAAAGACUUGGAUCUGUGCCAGCCUGUCCUCUACUCCUACCUGGAUGUCCUGCUCUAUUUCAGCCACCAUAAAGAUAUUGCCAAGGUAUUGGUGGAACACAUUCAGCCUAAAGACCCAGCUAAUGGUUUGCAGUACCAGAAGACCUUACUGGGAGCAGUGUUGAGUAUCUCCUGCUUGCUGAAAACCCCAGGUGUGGUGGAGGGACAUGGCUACUUCCUGAACCCCUCCCGCUCCAGCGCCCAGGAGACAAAGGUCCAGGAGGCCAACAUCCACCAGUUUAUGGGUCAGUUUCAUGACAAGCUGCACCAGAUCUUGAAAAACUUGCUCCAGCGGUCUGAUGAGACACGCCACUUGCUGCUCACGUGGUUGGGCAGCUGUCUGCAGGCGAACGCUGGCCGGGCCAAGAUAUGGGCCAAUCAGAUGCCAGAGAUCUUCUUCCAGAUGUACGCUUCAGAUGCAUUCUUUUUAAACUUGGGUGCAGCACUACUGAAGCUGUGCCAGCCCUUCUGCAGGCCGCGGUCGGCCAAACUGCUCACCUUCAACCCUACCUAUUGCGCCCUCAAAGAGCUGAGUGAAGAAGAGAGGCGCAAUCGUAAUGUGCACGCAACAGGUCUCGACAAGGAAACCUGUCUGAUCCCUGUGCCCCCUCAGCAGCCGGUGGAGGCUGCACAAUCCUACAGCCUGCUGACUGAAAACCUCGUCCUCACACAGCUCACCCUGCAUCUUGGCUUCCACAGACUCCAUGAGCAGAUGGUGAAGAUGAACCAGUCUCUCCACCGGCUCCAGGUGACGUGGCAGGAGGCCCAGCGAACGGGCAACCCAAUGUCGGAGCAGCUCCUGGAGCAGUUUGAGCGUCUGAUGAUUGUUUACCUGUCAACCAAAGCUGCCACCACGCAGCCUGCCAUGCUGCAAUGCUGCCUUAACCUUCAAGCUUCCACGGCUGCUCUGCUGGUUCAGCUUGGUUUGGGGAACCAGGGCCCUGGACAUGUAGCACUCAGUUUUCCCCUGCCCUCCCUACAGAAUACUGUGCUCUGCUAUGUACCAGAGUUUUUUGCAGAGAACUUGGGAGAUUUUUUCAUCUUCCUGCGUCGAUUCGCAGACGAUGUUUUGGAGACUUCUGCGGAAAGUCUGGAGCAGAUUCUUAACUUCAUCACUGUCUUCAUGGGUAACGUAGAGAGGAUGAAGAACCCUCAUUUAAGAGCAAAGCUUGCAGAGGUCUUAGAGGCAGUGAUGCCCCAUAUGGAGCCGGUAGCUGCUGGUGCUGCUCAGCCAAUUGUAUUCCAGCGAGAGAGAGUCUUCUGCUCCUAUAGACAUGCACCUCAGCUGGCUGAGGCCCUCAUCGCUGUGUUUGUAGACAUUGAAUUCACAGGUGAUCCUCAUCAGUUUGAACAGAAAUUCAACUAUAGAAGACCCAUGUAUCCCAUUCUCAAGUACAUGUGGGGUAAAGAUAACUACAGAGAGAGUGUCAAGCAUUUGGCGCACUAUGCAUCUGAGAACCUGGAGGCCAUGAAUCCCCCUCUGUUUCUCAGGUUCCUCAACUUACUGAUGAAUGAUGCCAUCUUCCUACUGGAUGAGGCUAUUCAGUACCUGAGUAAAAUCAAGGUUCUGCAGUUGGAGCGGGAUCGAGGGGAGUGGGAAGGCCUGGUCCCCGAUGCUCGAAGAGAGAAGGAGUCAAGCCUGCAGAUGUUUGGACAGCUGGGACGCUUCCACAACAUCAUGUCUAAUGAGACCAUCGGCACACUGGCUUUCCUCACCUCAGAGAUCAGGGGGAUCUUUGUGCACCCCUUCCUGGCUGAGAGGAUAAUCUCCAUGCUGAAUUACUUCCUGCAGCACCUGGUGGGUCCUAAGAUGGGUGCCCUUAAAGUCAAGGACUUCAGUGAGUUUGACUUCAAGCCCCAGCAGCUUGUUUCUGACAUCUGCACCAUCUACCUGAAUCUGGGUGAUGAGGAGAAUUUCUGUGCUACUGUCCCAAAGGAUGGACGAUCCUACUCUCCUACCCUCUUCUCUCAAACAGUUAGGGUACUGAAGAAGAUCAACAAGCCUGGGGACAUGAUUGUGGCUUUUGAACUCAUUGCUGAUAAAAUAAAGUCCCAUGCAGAUAGACAGCAGCAGGAAGAGGAGACGUAUGCAGAUGCCCCAGAUGAGUUCUUGGAUCCCAUCAUGUCUACUCUGAUGCUCGAUCCUGUUCUUCUCCCUUCCUCAAAUGUCACAGUUGACCGCUCAACUAUAGCAAGGCAUCUCCUCAGUGACCAGACAGACCCUUUCAACCGCAGUCCUCUAACCAUGGACCAGAUCAGGCCAAACGAGGAACUCAAACAGCAGAUCUUACAGUGGCUGGAUAAGCAUAAGCAGGAGAGGCUGCAGCUGGGACCCAGUGGCUAGCCGUGAACCCUCGCUGUGAUAAACAAUGACUGCAUCCCUGUUUUCUUUCCCGGCUCACAUUUCGCGUGCUCCUCUGCUUCUUGGCUAAUCCAUGGUGUGCUUGCCUCUGUGGAUUUCUUCUGACUCCUCCGGUCAGACUAACAUUGCAUUAGCCUUUACAUGCAGCCUUCACGCUCAGUGGAUUCUCUCUGUGACAACAGUCCAGGCAAACUGUAGCCCACUGACUGGUGACAACUUCAGAAUCCAUACCAAUCCACACAGUAGCUGUUCAGCUCCCAUCAUGCCCUAUGGUAACAUAAGUAGGGUGAUACACGCGCUGGUUCCUCUCUCCCUGAAUACUGUGUAUUAAUUAGUUAUUAUUACAAUGGGAACUGUGGCCAGAAGUAUCUGUUUCAACAGGACUUGUUGAAUGUACUGUAUGAACUCCUGACUGACCACCUGGCCCUUACCAAAUUUUAUACUGCAAGGUAAGUAUUUUUGGGAACUCUUAAGGCAGAAAAUGGAUGGAAUUGUUUAUGAUUUGACCUUGAUUUCACCUUAAUGAAGAAUACAUUAUGCAUUGCCUUUUAAAGUUCUUGAACACCCUACAUUUCAGCCCUUUGGGUUUAACUCAAGCAGCAUUGUAAAUAAAAUUAGGGAUUAAAGACAAGGCACAGAUAAAACUGAAUUUAAUUGUGUGUGACUUUAUUUUAGUGGAAAUAAUCUAGAUUUACUUGGAGAUGUUCAAAAUAUUGUUCAUUGUAAUAAGACACCUGAAGCACAAAACCAUACUGUUUAGACUUUUUUUUAUGUAUUUUAACAUGCGUAUAUAGAUAAGUGUCUUUGCAUCUUCAUGCACCUGCCUUUAAUCAAGCACUAAUUAAAGACCUCGUUAAGAUCUGAGAGCUUGCUAACUAAUAGGUUGUUGGAUAUAAGGAUUUAAAAUGUGUUUCAGUAACUAUACAAUAAUUACACUAAUUUGAACCACAUUUUAGGAUGUAAUACAUGCAAAAACAAGAAAAUUAAGUCUACUUAAAAAUGCCAGAAUGCAUUCUAAAAUCACAUGCUAGGUUACAAAUUAAUAUUAAUUGACAGUAGUGCAAUGGGCAUCUUGAAAGCAAAAAACUGUAUUAUUAAAGUGUAGUCCUUUUAAAAAUAACAUUUUGGCUGGCAAUUUUAAUUAUAAAUUAAAUAUUGUCUCCGAUUUUAGAAAGCUCCCUUUAGAGCUACAGAUGACAUAAUGCAAUUGUUUUCAUGACAAGUAAACUGACUAAUAAAAAGUGUCAAAUCUGUGAAGUGCCCCUUUAAGAAACUCAGGAUCAUGACCGCAAAAUGACUGCUCCUGACCCAAAAAGGCAAGAAGAUGCUAUCAAAACACCGCUUUCAAUUUCAAAUGUUGAACCUAAGUUGGACUCACUAAAUCUGACGUGAAAAAUAAGCCAUGCAUUUGCUGAACCAUACUUAAUAAUAUAUGCCUAGCUUUCAUAAAAAUGUAGAGACGGCAAGUCUAAACAGUUCCUGAUUUGUUUGGUUCAUCUUUGACUGAGCUGAAUGGCUUCAAUAAAUGAAUCGAAACAUGAGCUUCCAAAAUGUAUUACGGCUAGUUUAUUUCCAAUAAGAUUAAAAAAUCACAAUAUUUUCUCAAUUUAAUCAUAUCAACCUCUAAUUGUGUUUAAUUAUGACUUCUUUACAAUGACCACAUUUCUUGUGAUUGAACAAAAAAGAAAUUAGCCAGAAUAUAGGGUGUUCAAUAAUGUUUGACCGGCAGUGUGUAUAAUAAUCAUUCUCAUCCUUUUGAAUUAACAUUAACCAGAUUAACUGACGUAUCCUGAUCUAGCAUUUUAAUCAGAUUUUUUUGUUGUGUGCGAGCAUGGUGUAUUAACAUGUGGGCAAACAAAUGAUAAAUAGAAUCGGUGCCUGACACCAAGAGCCUUGCAGUAAAUGUCAGCGAAUGAGGUUCUGACUUGUUUCAUACUCUUAAGAGACAUAAUUAUGAGUUUGUUUCUUUAGGGUAUACAGGGAGCUGUGGGUAGAAUAUAAAUGAAAGAAGAUCAGAAAAAAGAUGACCUGUUUUUGAGUAGCUUUUUGAAUUAAAGAGUUUUAAUUCAAAAUCAAGUGUGGUUGUAUAAAAUGGCAAAAUGUGAGAGAAAGAUUAUGUAUUUGUUGGCAUGCCCUCAUACUGUAUGUUGACUAUCUACCACCUGAAUGAUUACAUGGGUUAAAUUA